GUAAACACAUUUAGUAUUAUGUUAUAGUUUAGUUAUAGUCUGUAUUAUGCUUGUGUAUGGUUUUUUUUUUGUCCAUUGGAUUUCCAGAAAAGUACUCCGGGUUUUUAGACACAGGUGUCUCCAGACAGCACUAGGCUGUCACGCAGUAACAUUACUGGUUUUCUUGUGCCCCCCCUCUUCUGUUUGGUAAGUGGGGGCUGGGGCUGGAAGCACGUAGCUGGGUGUUAAUCCAGAACUAUAUUUGUCUUGUGUGCUGUAAAUACUCACAACAGCGACUUGCAGACUAUUUUAAACGCAACAACUCAAGGCGUUUCUAGCUUUAAUGAAGACAGCUUCGCAACGUGCCUACUUCAUACAAUACAACUUGCAAGCAUUCAGCGAUGACUGUAAAACAAGUAAACAAACUUGAACAGCUUUGAGGUAGAAAAUCAAAUCGGAAGGCUCCAGAAGUGAGAAGACAAUAUGUACCGUUUUAAAUCGUAAACACAAUGGAUAAUAAUAACACGAGCACCACGUUGUCUGAUGAACAGGCAUUGAUUGGAGAAGUCCAAAGAGGAGAUAGUGAGGACAAUGCAUUCCAAGAAGACAUUGACCUGGUUCAAAUGCAUCUCACCUGUUUACCGGAGAGGUACAUGCACGCGAAGUUUACUUUAUCGGCAUACCUGCUGUGCUGGAUGAUACUACAGCUAUGUAAGAGGGUGCUUUUGAGAUGCUCGCCUACUUGUGAACAGGCCACAGAAACAGUAGAAGACCCUGCAAGUGAAACUGAUUUCAUAGAAGAUCGAGAUUCUGGUCCUGCCCCAGAGGAAACACUGCAAACAAAGGAAUCAAGUGAUACUGCUACUGAACCUACACACAGGGCAACAGAAGAGUAUUUUGACACACAGUCAUGGAUCAGUGACGCUCUUUCUGACAUAAGCCGAGAUAGCUGUGAAGACUCUGUAGUAACAGAGUCCAGGGCUGAUAAGAACAGAACAGAUUGCCAACUGGAAACCGAAUCUGAAUCCAAACUGAACGAUAUCAGCUUGGGUUCGGCUGAAGGUUCCUCGAAUACACAACGAAAAGCUUGUGAUGUUAUUCCUGUUCUUCAAAACCUAAAUGAAAAGGAUUCCAAAUCUGGCUCAGAACUGGUUUCUGUGGAGCAAGAUUUAGAAUCAGCGUGCGAAAGGCAAGAUGAAAAUCCUCUUCUGUCAGAACCAGAAGUGACUGAUGUUACUUCUGUGGCACAGACAGAACCAUCACUCAGUACUUUUAAUAGAGAAACGCCACUAAAGAUAGCUGGAGUUCCCAUCUUUGUAGACACCAUCUCAGGUCAGGAUGUUACUGAAGCAAGUCUGAACUUUACAAAUAAGAAGUUAGAAUCAAACGAACUUCAUCCUGAAACAGACUCAACAUCAGCUGAACAUAAUAUAGUACCUGAUGAGCCAGGGGCUGCAGCAGGAUCCACUACUGAUCUAAGUAGUCCUAUCACACUUUUCGGGAAAACUGAUUCCCCUGCAGCACAGGAUGAGGCAGGACUCCAGUUUUAUACUUUUAUAGAUUCUAGAGAAGAAAGACCUUUGGAUUCUGAGACAAGUUCAGAGAUACGCAAAAUUGUUGCUGAGCUACUACAAUCUUUGAGUCAGGAGGAAUCUAAACAGAGCCAGGAUGCGCCUGGAACAGAGGGCAGUCAGAUUUGUUUAGAGACUCAAUCAAAGCCAGAAGAUGAUGGUCAGGAUUCAAAUUCAGGAGAGGAAGAACAAACUUCUGUUGCUGGUACUGCAGAACAGCAUUUUGUAGAUUCUUCUGAUACAAACUGCGAUAAUGUUUGUGCAGACAAUCAGAGAGUUGCAGGUUUGCUUGAAUCUGGUCUGCCUGAACUGAAUGUACAGUUAAAUGGUUCAUCCUCUGAAUCAGAAAGUAUUUGUGUCUUGCAAGAAAUCCAUUCUGAAGGGAGCAGUACAGGGCAAGGGACUAGCUCGGGGACAUUAGAGAUCCCACCAGAUGUGACAACAACCAUUUCAACAAAUUCGGCUGAACUAAAUGAACCUUGCCCUGUAGCUGACUCAAAUGUAAUUCAGGCUGAUUUGGAGGUACAUUUUGAUCAAAGACUGGACCAUACUUCAGAGGGAAAAUCUGGAACAGAUGAAGUAACGACUAAAACAGCUGUGGAAUCUAAUCAAUUGAAAUGUGAAUCUGACCUUUUUCAGAGAGAAAUUUUAAAAGACAAUAACUCAGGCUUAGGUGAAAUUCCAGUAAAGACAAUAGAAACAACAUUGAGCACAAGUGCACAAUUUAAUAGCGUUUCUGAGGAAACUUAUUUUGAGAAAAACACCACCCCCUCCGAACCCCAAUCAGACAGACACAAUGCUGACCACCCUAUAAGAACAGAGGUAGACCAGGUACUAGUAGGAAUCUGUAGUGGGCAGACUGAUCACGCUUGUCAAUCAACUGACAAGCCACUGGAUUCUUUGUCAGAGGAAGCAGUUAGAAUUCACUUAAAGGAUAAUCUUAGAGAAAAUCAUUGCCUUUUGCAAGCAAAUAUAAAUGAUAUUGUCAUUAUUAAUAAUCAGGAACAAAAAGUGAGUAUUCCCAGUUGUUCAGAUUUUGAGCCAAGCAUUGCAGAUUUAAAGGAGACCCCAUGCAGCCUAGACUAUGAACGGAGCAAUGAUGAGUUAGUUUCAGGGACAAGUGAUGAAGAUCUAGAAUCUAAUCACGCUUGUAUUAAAACUGCUCCCCAGAUUGAAACUUCUGUCACAAAUGAAUUCAAGACCUCUCAGAAGGACACUGUGGUCAGCGGUGUGUGUCAUAUAAAUGCAAGUGUAGUGACUGAGCAUACUAGAGAUUGUACAUUGACUAUAGGGAUUGAAAACAACAGCACUGAUUCCGUUUGUCAUACAGACUCACAGACUAACAGAAAGUCUUCUGACAGUGCAGGUAACACAGUAGUUGUGCCAUACGGUAACACAAUUAAAGACAGUCCAGAAUUGGGUUUUAAGAAGUCUGACCACAGUGCCAGUAGCAAAUCCCUUGCCAAAAGAACGACGAUUGUUCCAGAGAAUCCUAUUGAUACAAGACAGAGCUCUUUGGCAAGACUCUCAGAAGCAAGAGGGAUUUUAUUACAGACUGUAGAAGAGAAGGAAAACAGUAAAAAUCUUUUAAGAGAAGCAGCAGUCAGUGGUCUAUCUUUUGAUGCAAAUGAAUGCUCAAAAGCUUCAUCAUGCAGACUACCAGAACAGAGCAGUGAAACAACUCAACAGUGUUCUGAAUUGAGCCUGUCUGCCCAUGAAAUUCCUGAAGCGGGGAGCUUAGAACCAGAUACAAAUUAUAACUUUGGGUUGGUAAAUAAUCUCCAGACCAUUCUGGUGGAAAGUUUCCCGGACAAAGUACAACUGAAUGGUGAAUCCAGUUUAAUCAGCCGUAAGGAGAUUGAUCAGGAAGUUAGUAUAGUUACAGAACUCCUACGAAGCAGGAUAUCUGCUGAUGAGAAUCUGUUCACUGGCAAAGCUUCAAGUGAUAAGUCAACGACUGAAAGGAAAGAAGAAACAAAAGCAUUAGGACUGAUUCAAAAUAAUGACUCUGAUCUGGCCAGUAAGAUAAUAUAUACAGUCAAGGAGCAGCAGCAAAACAUUGGCACAAGCAAACAUGACAGCAGUGGGAAAAUGAACCCCAUCCUCAAUGGUUAUAUGACUAGUGAAAGCCAACUCAUGGUAUUGCAGGACACAGAUGGGGUUAGUACCAACAGUGAAGAAAUGGAUGACAAUUUCUAUACAUUCCUUGGCAGCAACAACAGCCUCCACAAAUCUGUGCAGAAACAGACGUCCAAGAGCAGCAUGACUGGCAAGACCUCAAAAUCCGUUUUCUCCAAAAUGCCCUCUUUUAGGAGGAAAAAAAAAGCAUCCCAGGACAACAAAACAAAAUGUGAAAGCCCUUCCAAGGACAGUACCAGCACACCCCAGGUGGCGGACAGCAGUGGGGAAAAAGGACAAGAUAACAUGACCAAGGAUGGCAUUCCCACUUAUAAAAUCCAUUAUCCUUUAUACAGGGCACAUGUAUCCUAUGAGUCAGAUCAUCUUCAGCACACACCUAGCGGCGAAGAGCUUAUCGCAGAUAAUUCUGAGGAAGAGGGGGUCUUUGAGAACAGCAGCACACUCAGUCAGAAUAUGAGUAAGGCUUUCUUUAGUGAAAUGGAUGACUGUGGCUUCAACACCUCCACACCACGGACAAAACAUGUUAGAAAGCUGUAUAACCAGAGUUCAAGCACUGUUGAUGGUGAUACUGUCAGCAGCCCUGGGGACCAGGAGGCCAAAAAGUCUCAAACUGGGGAGAACGUGGGCUACAAGAGGAGCAAAAGCACAGACAGCCUCAAUCUGCGUAUGAGGUUUGCUCUGGCCCACAAGUCCUUAUCAAGCUUCUUCGAGUCAAAGUCCUUGGAAAAAGAAAACGAAGAGCACGGUUCCAAACUGGAUAGUGAAGAGACCAAGUCCAAACAAAUGUCCUGGAGGAAGUUCAAGAAAGAUAAGGAAGCUGAGUUACUGAAACGUGGCGUGUCGGCCUCAGAAGCACAAAGCACAAAGUCUCACCGGCAAAUCCACAGCGAGUAUGCCACCAGAAUAUCCAGGAACAUGCAGGAAGGCAGGGCCUCUCCUGCUGUGAAGAGAGUCACCAAGUCCAAUGACAGCACUGAACAAGCUAACACAGUUGAAAUCCCGAGAAACCCUCUGGAAGGAAGCAAAUCAACAGAUGGCAAAAAGAGGAAAGGACCACCCAACGGACUGACGAUUGUCUGCUCUAAUCCUAGUUUACAAAAGUUGGAAUCCUCAAAGAACGACUUGGAUGUUUCUCAUCUGGAAGACGUCAGCCCAUUGACGCCAAUUAGCCCCUGCAGUCAGCAAGCACAAGCUAACCAGCUAACACCGUCUUGGUCAAGCAACCCCACGCCUUCAGAGGGAAUGGAUGUUCCCCUAAGACCCAUGAGCCCCAAACCCCAGAGCCCACGCCCUGGCGCCAACAGGCGGAGUUUCCACUACCCUUGCAGGGCCAGUGCAGCCUCUUUGACCUCUCUUGGCAAUGGGGCCAGUUUAGAAGGGCUCACAGAUCCCCCAGAAAGGCCAAAGACGUUGAAGCCCAGAACAGCACAACUCCUGUCUGUCCAUUCACUGGACACUGACUUCCAGAAGGAGGACAGUGGUAGUAGCAGCCAGUCACAAACAAGCCUUAACAUCUCUUCUUCAGCAUUUAAUAUUCAUAAAGAUGAGGACUUUAUGAAAUCACCAGUCCAAACACCCGAUCAGUCGCUCACCCUGCGAAAGAAGUACCCCUCCCCGACCUCACCCCCCCGCCGCCCCUUCUCAGAGCUGGGCAGCUGGACCCUCCCCCUCCCGAGGGCCUCUGAGAGUCCCACAAUGAGCAGCGAGAAGAAGAUGAAGGAGCUGGUGAAGCGAUGCAGCUCGGAUGAUCUGUGGAUUGUAGAAGAGAAGAGGCGCAAACGGAAGCUGGCAAGGGAGAUGCCAAUCAGCUUCAGCAGGCAAGGAGCGGAGCUGUCUGAUGACCUGUGGAAAGCCCGGGCGAGACUGUCCCUCACUACAUCAGUACCCUUUCCUCCUCUGCCCCUGAAGGCUCAUAGUUUCUCCCAGAGCACUCCCAUCGGCCUGGACUGCCUGGGCUGGAGGAGACGGAUCUCCUACCCGGUGAUCACCGAUGGAGCCCAUGAUAAGACAGCGCUGGUGGGUGAUGUUGGCAGUGAAGAGGAUUUGUAUGAAGAUUUCCACAGCUCCAAUCACCGCUUUGGGCACCCGGGAGGAGGAGGGGAGCAGCUGGCCAUAAACGAGUUGAUCAGUGAUGGCAGCACAGUGUAUGCAGAGGCCCUGUGGGACCACGUCACCAUGGAUGACCAGGAGCUGGGGUUUAAGGCAGGGGACGUUAUUGAAGUAGUGGAUGCUACCAACAAGGAGUGGUGGUGGGGAAGGAUCCUGGACAGCGAGGGCUGGUUCCCAGCCAGUUUCGUUCGGCUGCGAGUUAACCAGGAUGAACCUAUGGAGGAAUAUUUAGCCAAACUGGAGGAUGGCAAGGCGGAAGAUUCCAGCAGCUCAGUGCGCCGACAUGGACCUGGGUUUCCCAGCAAGGACCAGAUGAGGACCAACGUCAUCAAUGAGAUCAUGAGCACAGAGAAGGACUACAUGAAACACCUGAAGGACAUUUGUGAGGGUUACAUCAAACAGUGUCGGAAAAGAACAGACAUGUUCACAGAUGAGCAGCUGCAUACCAUCUUCGGGAACAUCGAUGAAAUCUACAGGACUCAAAAGAAAUUCCUGAAAGGCCUGGAGAAGAGGUUUAACAAAGAGAACCCACACUUGAGCGAAAUUGGAUCCUGCUUCUUAGAGCAUCAAACAGAUUUCCAGAUCUACUCGGAAUACUGUAACAACCACCCCAAUGCCUGUGUGGAGCUCUCCAAGCUCAUGAAGGUCAACAAGUAUGUGUUCUUCUUCGAGGCGUGUCGGCUGCUUCAGAAAAUGAUUGAUAUCUCUCUGGAUGGCUUUCUGCUCACACCAGUGCAGAAGAUCUGCAAGUACCCACUGCAGCUGGCUGAGCUGCUCAAAUACACCAACCCCCAACACAGGGAUUACAAAGACGUGGAGGCUGCCUUAAACGCCAUGAAGAAUGUGGCCAGGCUCAUUAACGAGAGAAAGCGGCGCCUGGAGAACAUUGAUAAAAUUGCCCAAUGGCAGAGUACAAUAGAGGACUGGGAGGGCGAAGACUUGUUAAGCAGGAGUUCAGAGUUGAUUUACUCUGGAGAAAUGGCCAAAAUCUCCCAGCCUCAAGCCAAGAGCCAGCAGCGCAUGUUCUUCUUGUUUGACCACCAGCUUGUCUACUGCAAGAAGGACCUGCUGCGCCGGGACAUGCUUUACUACAAGGGCCGAAUAGACAUGGAUGACAUGGAAGUGCUGGAUGUGGAUGACGGGAAGGACAAGGACUUCAACGUGAGCGUGAAGAACGCCUUCAAGCUGCGCAGCCUGCACUGUGAUGAGGUCCACCUGUUCUGUGCCAAGAAGCUGGAGCACAAGCAACGCUGGCUCCGCGCCUUCGAUGAUGAGAGGAGACAAGUGCAGCAUGACAGGGAGACAGGUUUUGCUAUAACAGAGGUCCAAAAGAAACAGGCCAUGCAGAAUGCAUUCAAGACCCACCCAGCAGGAAAACCUAAAGCUGUCACCAGGCCUUACUACGACUUUCUUCUGCGCCAGAAGCACACGACCUUGCCAGCCGCCCUCCCCCAGCAGCAGGUCUUCAUGCUGGCUGAGCCUAAACGCAAGCCCUCAAACUUCUGGCAGAACAUUGGGAGACUGACACCCUUUAAGAAAUGAAAGGGAGGGAGUUCCACGCCUGUGCCUGUAUUGAAGUCCUACCCUCCCCCUUUUCUUGUAUUGAUCCUCGAGAAAGCACUUUAUAGGUUGGUUACAAUCAGACUGAGCACUUGCUUCCAGACAGUAUUCCCAUAAUGGAGGAGGUAAUGUUGCUACUUCUACCACUACUGCGCUCUAUUUAUUUUAAAGACCUUGACUGAAGAAAGAACUGGUUUUCAUUGUUUUUGUUUUGUUUGUUUUUAAUGAAUGCUAAUUUUAGCAGUGCCAGAUAGCUUGUUGGCUGUGCAUAGCACAUUAGCUCUGGAGAGAAAACGUCUCAGUGUAAUGCUGAGAUAUUGUUUUUUAUUUUGAAUUUCUUUGGAGAGAACACAGUCACACAUUUUCUUUGGCAUUCUUACAUGUCUGAAUUUAUAACAGUUCAUUCCAGAAUUGUCUGUAGAAAAUUCUACAGAUUGACAUCAUGGGCCCUUUCAUAAUAAAUAGAAGACAAGAAGAAAAAACUAAAACAGCGAGAAUAAUUACAUUUCAGAUAAUUGUGUUUCUUUUAUAUAUAUAUGUGUGU